AUGGACGACAUGUCGCAUCGGCAUCAACUAGAUGAAGCGUUUCACGCUCUCAAGGACACGGAGUUCACCGGAGAUGUGGCCGACGUGAAGGCUCGACUUCUGGACAGGCUUCGUCACCGGUUGGACAAUUUUAUUCUUGCAGAGGCCGACAAAGUUCGGAAAUUAUCGCCCAAGUCCAAUCUCAAGAACAGAAACGCCACUAUGCAGGAUCUCAGAGCACGUCCGAUGAAAAAACCUCAAACCCCCGACGGAGUCUUCAUGGAGUACAUGGAGUUGAUACAAAAGGAGCUCAGCAACAUCAAAAUCACCCGCAAAAUGGCUAAAGUCAAAGUCAGAAAAAGACCGGUGAGGAUUUGGCAACGGGUAGUGACAUGGAGGUCCGUCCGGCGGAAGGAGACAGUCGAUGGAGUAUUUCAUGGGUCUGACUACCAACCCAAGGGCAAGAAGGCUAUGGGAUCUGCUGCAAGGAACAACAUCGCAAGCAGUGAGAGCAAGGCCGUGGCGCCCCUAGUUGGAUCGUCAUCAACAACAACUCCAAGGCCUUCAGCUGAUAUGAUGGACAAGGCAAGUGUGGGUAUGGACAAGUGCAUGGAUGUCGACGAUGGAGGAGAGAGUAACGUCGUGGAUCUCGACAGCAAGUCCGAUACUGAUGAGGAUGAUGCAGACCCUAGGAAUGGCAGCCCUGGAUCCGGACAUCUCACGGCGAGAAAGGAGGAGGAGGAGUGCAGAAAACGCGAGGCUCAGCAAAAGCAGGAGCGGGACGCCAGGAAGGAGGAGUCGGCCAUGAAGACCGCCAAGAGUCGAAAGUGCUGGUCCGAUGAUGUAAACAAGACUAUCUGCGGGGGGACUUAG